AUGGCCUCCCCUCCGACUAUCGUCAUCAACACCCCUGAUUCAGCGACAUCAACCGUCUCCGCUCCCCACCCUGCGCCUUCGGCCUCCACAGAAACAAAGAGCCCCGAGAAACCACAGAAACCUGCCCUGGUAAAAUCUUGUUACCUCUGUGACGAGCAGAAUCCCGGCGACUUCUCUCCCACCACCAAAUACCUCGAGACCUGUCUCCUCUGCUCCCGGCAUUUCUGCCCCAUUCACAAGUCUGUGAGCUGGGACCAAGUCUGCAACAUCAAUCACUCCAAAUAUUACCAUGAGUGUCUAGAGAAAGCACGGAAGGAGUUGGCUAUCAUGGGCAAAGGCUCAGAUGUUAACAAGCGAGAAGUGGCUGAAAUGCUCAUCAAUGAGGGCAUUUAUCCUAGUUUGGGAGAGCGGGAGAAGGCAAUUUUCACAACCAGCCCAGUCAGCCAUUCCAAAAUGCAAGAACUCGAGAACUACCGCAGUCUCGAUGCGGCCCUCGCCGGCACCAGCGCGAGACCGAAAAGCCAACUGAUUGAAGAGCGGGAUGUUGUUGGCGCCGAUAUCGCCAUCUAA